GAAGUACGCGAAGAUAUCAAGUUUGUCCCUGUGCGCUCGCCGUACAACUCCAGUGUUGUUUUCUCAGUGAUUUUUCUUUUAACAACUGGUUGUAACACAGUUUGAACAAUAAUGGGGAAUACACAGAAUUGCAUUGUGGCGUCGCUUUCUGUAUGUUCAACUUAUCUAUUUUAUCAUUACAUUUACUGUUCCUAUCAGUCGUUAAAAACAAAUGUGCUAAGUGGCGACAAGCUACCAAGUUUUGUGUAUCUUUACGUCAAAUAUUUGACCGGACUUGUCACACGGAGGACAGGACACCUGUACACAGACACCCUCACAAAGACGCCUGCGAUUGUUUACACGAUCCUAAACUGCAGGCUGGAAAGCUCCUUAAUGAGGAGGUUCUGCUGUGCUGCAGGAUAUGGUUGGGACUAUCCAGACACAGAUUUUAGAGACAUCCCACUGUGCUUCCCUGAGAUUCUCUGUUGCAAAUUGCUGCUUAUGUUGUUAACUGAUGGAAACUUCAGGCUCAGCCCAGCAGGUCUGGUCCGUGUGCGUCAGACUGUGAAAAGCCUUCAGCCAGUUGAUGAACUGAAGAAGGGUCCGUUCAUGCUGCAGGUUAGAGUCCUUCAGUAUGAGCAGACUGCUACAGGGGUGGAGGUGGACAUCUGUCUGUCUGCUACUUCUCGUUCCGGGUGCCUUGUGUGGGAGAGCAUCUUAACACUGCUGUCCAAAAAACCACCCUACACAGCCAGCGGAUGCUUAGCCAAGAAUGAAGACAAGUGUUGUGGCCUACCAGAUGAGCCAGGGCGAGAAAAUUUGAAGCAAGUAGAGCUCCAAGUUCCCAGGACUAUUGGUCUGCAAUGUGUAUGGUCCUUCUCUGACUAUUCCCCCCACUGGCUGUGCUCUCUGCCAGCCAGGUUGUUUGGCUUUAGAUCUCAGAUAGCACCACCUCUCUGGAUGUUGUCUGUCUGCUUGGCAGAGAUAGAAAAGCACAAAGGAGUUGACGUCGUCACAGCCCCUGUUAACGUCACAGCCCACUUUAAGGAUCCUCUGGUGGUGCCGGGGAAAGUAUUACUCAGGUUUUGGGACGAAACCAAAAAUGUGGGUCAGUCUUCUGGGAAAAACCUGAGCUUCCAGAUGGAGCAACAAGGACACAACAUCUGUCAUAUUGUGGGACUGAUUUCCAGGCUUUGAUUAACAGAAAAAAAAGGUAUUUCUGCCUUUCUGUCCCCAAGCACUUUUGUUCUUAAAACAUUAUGUCCACACUGGAGAAGAGUCUAUUAGAUGAAGUAAAUGUUUCCAUUCCUGUUGUAGAUUAUUUACAAAUUAGAUUUUUUUUCUGCCUACAACUUGACAUCAAGAGUAAAAUAAAAUCUUCAUUGUCUUUGUUCUCUGUAGGUUCUUUACUGGUUUUCUUCAUUAAAAAAUAAAUUAAAGAUCCAUAAUGAUAAGAGAAUAGCCAACUAAUAAUAAGAUGAGCAUAUGCUAGUUUACUUCUAAUUACAUCUACUAUGUGGGUCAAUCCCACUUUCAACUCCUAACUGAUACACAUGUAGAAUUUACAUUAAAGGAUUCAUUUGUAUUUUAACACAAACAUGGUGGUAAACAUUUUAAUGACUUUUUUCCCUUCAUGAUGUAAAAAAAAAACGAUUGUUAACCCACCAUUUUUCCUAAUUGGUAACUGAUCCACACCAAAUAGAGGUGCUUAACAAUAACUAGGCUAAAAUGCAGAAGCAGUGUGUGAUACCAGCAUGAUUAAGGAAUUUGUAGAACUUUAUCAGCAAUAACUUGAAGUCCUGACCAGGACUCUCUGGAAGAAAAGAUCAUGCAUCAUAAUAGGACUUUUCAUACCAAAUGAAGGACAAAUAAAUAAAAUAGAAAUAAUAAAAAGGCCCACUCUUCUUUAUAAUGUUAUUUUAAUUAAUUUGUUUGCUGGUAUUAUUUUAUGUACAGUUCUGUUGAGGUCUCAUUGCAGUAUUUCAGUCAGGUUGAGGUCUGGAAUAUGACUGGAUCGUAGUAACACCUUGAUUAUUUUCACAUUUCAGCCAUUAUUUUGUAUGUUUUCUGGUGAGCUUGGGAUCAUUGCUCUGAUGCAUGGACCAAUUUUGGCCUGCUUCACAUCUGAGUCUAAUACAGAACUCCUGUUCCAAAUAAAAUGUAAAAAAAUGCAAUCAUUUGCAUUUAUAAACCAGUAUUUCUCAAUAUUAGUACAUAGAAAGCAUCUACUGUUGAAAGAAAGACAUUUUAGUAUUUCAUGAAAGUAUUUGGUCAGGUUGAACUUGAUAACAUGUUUACCAGUGUGUAACAUCUCUUCUUUUAGCAGCACAGUGUAAACCGUCAUAGAACUGGGAAAUCUGAGAAUUCUAGCUUCUCAAUUGUUCAGGAUCUUCUUUGAUGUAUUUAGCAUUUCAUGAUUUGUAAAUGUUUUUGAUUGGAGAAAGGUUGGGACUACUGGCAGACCCAACCUAAUACCCAGACUAUGAAGUCUGGCUGAUGUUAUAGAUGCAGUAUGGUGUUUAGCAUUGUUUGCUGAAUAUGCCAAACCAAUCCAGACGACAUCUUCAGUGAAGAAAAUGUCGUCUGGAUUGGUCUUAUAACUGGAUGGGGACAUGUUACUGUAAAACCUGCAUACCUUUCAGCAUCGAUGAAACCUUUACUAAUGUGCAAGUUGCCAGCUUCAUUCACCUUCAUGCAUUUUUUUAACUGAGUGGUGGUAACAAGCAAGAUGGUCCAUCACCUCUUUAGUCUGAAGGAUGUGAUAUACACCAUUUCUAAAAAGAAUUUAAAUUUAUUUCACUACAAAACUAUUUUCCAUUUUACCUCAGAGUAUUUUAAAUUAACUUUGGUCCAGGAGGAUAUUUGGUAUUUCUAUUUUUUCUUCAAAUGUGCCCCUUUUUUUGUAUGAUAGAGCUUUAACCCUCAUUUGUUGAUGGCACAGCAAACUGUGACAUAUUGAUUUCUGCUAAUGUUUCUAAAUCCAUGGCAGAAGCAUGCUUGUUUUUAAUAGUUGGAGCCCAAAGAUCAAACAUCCAACUUUGAUUUCCAGCCAUACCACUUGUACACAGGAAUGUCUUUAAUUUCUCUUUUUUAAUUUUUCAUUGUGCAGAUAUACGGCUUAGCUUUGACUGUGCUGUUCAUUACGUGUAUUGCAUAAUCUGAUACUUGGGUGAACUUGCUAGGGCAUCCUCUUUCUGGGAAGUGAUGCCUUGAAUGUUUUCCAUUUGUGAAAAACCUUUCUUAUGGACAUUAGAUUGUUUGGAAAUGGCCUUACAACCUUUCCAGAUUAAAGGGCACCAACAGUUGCUUCUGUCAGAUUAUUGAUUGGCAUUGUGUUCAAACACGUGAAUGACCCAGACCAGCAAACUGUACCAGUAUCAAGGUAUAUCUAAAUACUGCCACUUCUUUACA